GGUCGGAUCCAGUAGCUUCGUAACAACUCUGCUGGUUAAACGUAACGUGGAAAUUGGUUUGUGAAGAACGAGAAAAAAAGAAGAGGAACAUUGUUUUUUCUAACUCAAAAGAACUACAGAAACGCCACAGCACGAGACUACGAAGAAAAUGACUGUAAUUAGAAGCAAACAAAAAUAGACAAAUGACGAAGGACAGCACAGUUACACAUUUCACAAUUCACGUUUGAGUAGUUUAAGGACAAAUGAACACAAAAAGUUUAUAAAAAUUUUAAACUAAAAAAUCUCUGAAAAAAAAAUAUUUGUAAAUUUUAAAAGCUCAAACCAAUCUGACAGGAAGCAAGAGCCAACCGAUUUGUCAAAUGAACCAAGAGCACUGAACACGUCAAAAAUGUCAAAUUAGUUACAGUAACCCAAAACAACAACAACAAAAAUCGACCGAUUCAAUAGUAGCUUACAGCAAAUUGAAACAAAAAAAAUAGUCCAAAACUUCAAACAGCCGCAAAAGUUCAAUCCCCAACUUGCUCAGCACUAAAAGCAACUCAUUUGAAAAUAGACCAGAAAUUCCCAAAAACAAACGAAUGCAAAAUUCAGCAAAGACCAUAAAUUAAAUUUUUACAGCAGAAAAAUUCUUAAAUUUUGCACCAAAACAGGCAGGAAGAGCAUUAAAGACGCACACACACACACACACACCGAUACACCCGGAGUUACAUACAGCGAGACUGGCAGUAAGAGCGAGCUUGUUAAAGAGUACCCCACCACCGACAGCCAGUGGGCCAAUAGUAAGAAAACCAGUACAGGAAGCUACCCAAACAACAACAACAACUACGACGACGAGCAGCAGAAGAACCAGAGGAGGAACCACGUACCCAACGAGCGAGUGAACGAACGAACGAACGCUCAGAGAAAAAACCCAGAAGCAAACAACUUGCCAGCCACUGAGUGAAAAGCAAAAUCAGCUGUGAGCAGCUAAAGCAGCGAGCGUGUAAGUAAAAAACGUCCAAACCUCCACAGCUCCAGGCAAGCCACAAAGUAAAGACCAAGAGCAAACGAGUGAGCGAGUGUUUGAGCCAAAAGCAGCCGACAGACCACAGAGCCUAGCCGCUUAGUGCCAGCAUCGAUAGCAGUCAGUAGCAGCUGAGAGAGCGUCGAGUAAGCAACCAAAUUUAGAACAAUUGGUAAAGUACAACGACAACGAGGAAGACGUAGAAGAGCUCGCAGACGCACAGCUAAAGAAUAAAGCUACCGGCAAAAGAAAACUUUGUACGAAACCAAGGACCGUCAAAGGAAAAGAAAAAGAACGUCACAUUAACGAAAAACCAAACAGACUUUUUCAAAACCAACGAGCAAAGGUAAGAAGCAAAAGGAAGUGAAAAUAUUUGCCAAUUUGCCAUUAACUUUGUGGUCGCGAGCCGAAAUAAGUGCAGAAGCCGGAAAAAGUUUGCGAAAAGAUUUGCUUUACAAAAUCAGCGAUACACAAAGAGGCAGCGAAAAUCACUGUGUAUAUGUGCGCAUGUAAGUGUCUAGAAAGGAAACGGCAAUGAAAUAACAGUGAAGAAAGAAACAAAGCCGCAAUUAAGAAACGAAAAAGAGUACGCCGGGAAACCGCAAAAGUACAUGCAGACAUAAGAGGAGUAAAAGAAGUCAAGGCGUAGAUAACAAAAAGCACAAAUCAGCAGAAGUAGGAAAACGGAAAGACGAAAAAUUUAUAUGUUUUACAACAAAAGUUGAAGAAGCAAGCCAAGUGAGCUGCAGGCGAAUUUCCGGCCGACGUGCUGAGAACAUCAAGUCAAUGCAAGGCAGCCAGUGAAAACAAAAAAUCGAGAAGACCUCAGACGUCAAACGUCAGAAAACGCUGCUUGCAAGAAAGGCUAAAACCACAAAUUUAAGUAAAUACAACAACAACAACAACAACAACAACAAAAACAAGUGAUAUUUCAGUGCUGUGAAUGAGGCCUCUGUCGAGUAAGAAGACUUGACGAAGCCUACAAAGCGUUUUAGAAAGCAAAAUAAAAGUCGUCAGCAAGUGAAAAAGCUGAAAUGAGAAGACUCCCACGACCAGCCAGCCAGUGAACCACAAAGCAGCAAAAUCAUUAAUUUAGCGAAAAAAUCCGUGCAAGCAAAAGGAAAAUGUUGGAGGCUUAAAAAGGGGUCGUGUGGAAUUGAAAUUCAUGCUUUCGAAAGAAAUUGGGAAUUUUUGAUAAGAAGGAAAAGCAGAAAUUUCGGCUCGACAAUUAAAAAAAGCGUUUGGAAAUUUUGCAUAAGCGUUUAAUAUACACAAGUUCAGGGAUACAAAUCAUUUCAUUUUUGAAAAAAACAAAAAAAAAAUAGUAAAAAUAAUUGUAAACGGUUAAAUUUGAGGAAAAAAUAUAAUAAAAAAAAAUAAUACCACAUUGAAAUUAUUCAUAAAAAUUUGUAAAAAAUAAAAUAAUAAAGUUAUUGAAAUUCACAAUUAACGCAAAACUAAUAAACAACCAACAAAACGUACGGUGUGUUGAGCAAUUUAAAUAGAAAUAAAAAUAUUUUCGUGUUUAUAAAAAAAUUGGCAAAAUGUAAACCCAUGAGAGCGCAGAAAUCAACCACACGCACGGGAAUCCAAAACAGAUAAAAAGAUUAAUAAACAAAUAAAAAGUAAUGAAAUAAAAGAUAAAUAGCGGUAGAGCCAACACACAACAACAACUACUCCUUUUUUAACGCCUUUUUAAACUAAAAUACAAAACAAUAAUAAAUCACAAGCAAAUUACGAAGUAAUACUAACAUAAAUAAAUUAAAUUAAAAAUGAUGUUUUAAUAAAAUACAAAUGCAAGCAAAGUUUAAAUACUAGAAUAACAAAUUUAAAACUAUAUGUAUUAGCAGCGAUGACGACAAAAGCAAAAACAAUUUCAAAUUGAACUUAGUUGUUAUUUUCCAAUUUCGUUUUUGUUAAUGAAACAUGAAAACUCUAAACUAAUAGACCCAACAAAUUUAUAAUAUAAUAUAAUAAUCUAAUGUUGAUUAAAAUAAUUGUUAAUUCAAAGAAAACCAAAUUAAAUCUACUACGUUAAAUUCAAGUAAAACUUAAUAAUACUACAAUGCAACCCAGUCUUUAGUACGCAGGAGAAGAAUAUACAAUUAUAAUAGUUGACGAAUUGGUAUAACGGAAAACUAACCGAAUCGAUCAGUCGCGACCAACAGAAUACGUCUAAUUGUUAAUAUUUAAGAAAACAAAUUUUGUGCCGUUUUGUCUUAUGUUUUGCGUUUUCUCCUCAACUGUGUGUUUAAUUUUAAUAAAAACGAGAACAAUUUUGUGAUUAAAGUGCAUUUCUCUAAGCGUGAUUUAAUUGAAGAAGAAAUAGAAGAAGAAGAAGAAGAAGACAAAUUACUCACACUUAACACAUAUAAAUCUUACGUCUAAGCAGCAGUUAAAAAUAAAAUUAGAAAUAAAAACUUAUGUUAAGGGAAGAAUAAGCAACACAAGCCCAGUUAUUUAAUUCUAAACACAACAACAACAACCGCACGGUGAUUUUGGCACACCAAGCGCGAUUUGGACGCUCCACCCGAGACACAAUUAAUUUUCCACCUACCUAACGGUCGCUGCAGUCCACUGCAGCGCUUAAAACAUUAAAAUUGGCAACACUACAACAACGCGCUACAACAAACACAACAACACAACAGCAGCAGCUACAGACAGUGCGGACGCCAGCGAUACGGGAGCAAGAAACGCCGAAGAAGCAACACCGGGAGCAGUUGGCAACCGGACCAACAACACAAUCACACAGGCCAACGACAGCAGCAACAACAACACACCACCCACCACAAUCACCAACACUAACAUCGCCACUGCAAGUGCAGGCAUUAAGAAUCUAUUUGCGCUUGUUGGCACCGCGACAGCCGUUAGUGCGGCCGUUGACAUACCGCCCAGUCCGGUCACGGAGACAGCCGUUGAAGCGACCACAGUCGAUCAGACAACGAAGUAUUUGGACAAGACGACAGUUGCCAAACGCCGGCAACAGCGGCAACAGCAAGAGCAACAACGUUACAAUAAGCUCAGUAAAAGCGUACGAAUUAAAAGUGUUGCGACCGCACAGUCACCACAGCUAUCGCAGGGAGCGAACGCUAAAAACACGCCUGAAAGUGCGUACGCAGGCGAAGUGGCCGUGUCAGAAAGGUGGAAAGCAAGUAGUGUUGUCGUUAUCGGCGGCGUCGAUAACGCCAACACCAAUAGUGAUAUUGACGACGACAGUGAGGCUGAAGUUGAGGAGGAGAUCGAGGAAGCUGCACAAGAGGGCUGCGGUAUCGGUGAGGAAUUAACGCUGGCCGCGGCAGCAGAGUGUGUGCAGGACGACGAGAACGUGGACGCAUACGCAUACGGCGAUUUCGAAGCACCACAAUUCGAGCUGGACGCCGAGGUGGAUCGGCACGCCAAGGACUUGAUCCAUAUCGAUCAAGUCUUCGAGGAGUUGCGUCAGAAAAUGGAAGUGCUCUCAGUACAAAAUCAAUAUCAGGGACAAUUCGGUGUUAUCGGUUCAAGCAAGGUUAAAGACUGGACGAGCCCGUUAACGCCACCACCACCACCACCACCACCAACAGCAACAGCCUCUACAACAGCCACAACAGCAUCAAUUCAAUUACCAACGGUCAAUAAUCUUAGCAGCGACAACGUUGUGCACAAUCAUCACAACAACAGCAACAAUAGAAAGUUGAGUUAUAAUCAUUACGAAGCAACGGCAACAACACGGGCCGAAGACUACGUACAACAACAAGAGCCAGAGGUGCUAGAAGAGUUCUGUGUCGAGGACGCGGAAGAGGGUGGUGACGUCGUUGACGGCGGAAAUUGGUCUGCACCACAAAAGCAACAACACCAACAACCACACGAGCAACACUACAAUCAACAUAAUCAUCGCGAGCAUCACUUUUAUUAUAACAAUCACCAUUACGGUGGUAAUCAAUAUCAGCACCAGUACCACCAUCACAAUCACCACCACCAUCAACAACAACAACAACAACAGCAGCAGCAGCAGCAAAAACAAUACAGCUAUUAUAAUCAAUACGAACACCACCAACAACAUUAUCAGCAAAACGAGCAAUUGCAACAACAAAAACACAACAAACUAUCAACUCACCAAGAACAACAGCGGCAACAACAACAGCAACAGCAAAAAGUUGCGAUCAACAAGAAAACUGCACACAACAAUAAACAACCGGCCAUGGAAGCCACCUACAACAACAAUAUGUUCUACUAUGAACCACCAGUCGCAUCGGCAAUCACACCAGACGGUACGCCAACAUCGGGCAGUUGUUUUGGCAGCGCCACUACCGAUGUCGAUAUCGCCGCCGUCAAUGAGCUGGCUCACCGUGUGCAGACGGAAUUGCGCGACGCGAAGAAACGCCAUUUGGACUGUACCGAAGUGUCGCUGCCAUAUGAUCUCAUGCCGCGCAUUGCGGCCGAAAUAAUCAAGGCUUCGGAGCGGGAACCGUGUGGCGUCCGGGGCUGCUCGCUGUACAUAGAUUUCGAAUGUGAACCGGGCAAUGUGAGACGCAUUGCCUACUUCAAAGUGGACGACUGCACCGUCUCCACCUUCGAGCUCUAUCUCACUCUGAAGCAGGACAAAAGCGGCUGGACAUCGCUGUUACCACAAUUUCUCAAAAAUCUAACACGCAGCAAUACCAUUUUGAUCAGCCCCGAUUUCACCUUGACCAAGAACAAGCUUUAUUCCUGCGAUUAAUGGGCUUGGAGGGCAUGUUUUAGCUGUAGACGGUUACGAGAAGGGAGCUCUUUUGUAUUAUUAAAUAUAUAUAUACAAGCAUACAUUACCUACCCAGAGAUCUCAUUUAUACUCCCUCACUCAACCAUACAAAGAGCAGAUAAAAACAGAAAAAAAAACAAAACAAAAAUAGAGGGAAAAAUUCAAAAACAAUGGAAUGACAUUGAACGAAGGGCAUCAGAAUUUGGUCAAUUGCGUAUUAUUAGCUAUUAACAUGUAGAGCCGCAAUUUAUGUGCUAUGCAACCAUACAUACAUACAUACAAACAAACAUAUUUUCUUUUAAAUUAUUAAAUCAUUCAAAUGGGCGUGGCUUUAACUACAACUAAAAACAAAUAAAUUAAAUUAAAAUAGGAGACGAUGAAGACGACGAUUUAAUGAAAGAACAACAAUUACAACAACAAAACCAUGAACAACGCAUAACGAGAAUACUUUACUUUCUCAACAAUCCCUCCGAAUUUCAUUAUUUUUUACUGGACACCACAAAGUCAGCAAAACAAAUAACAAAGUCGAAAGAGGCAAUAAAUAAACAACGUAAAAAGUGUUAAAACUAGUGGAUGAGGAGAGAGAAAAAAAACCGCUAUUUUUUUUUUUUUUUUUUUGGAAAAGACGAGCCAAGCCAUGUGCUACAGAUGGCAAAACUCGAAAGGGAAAUCAAGAACAAACAAAUUUUCAUUUUGCAAUAACAACAAAAUAGUAAACAACUUUCGAAAAUAUGCAAAAACAGCAAUUCAAAAACGAUAAGCCAAUCAAAAUAUACCAACUACAACUACAACAAUAAUAGCAACAGCAGCAGCAGCAGCAGCUGCUGCAGCAGCAACCAUAUUCAACAAAUAGAAAUUUCAACAAUGAAAACAACAAACCAGCAAUUUAAUUUGAACCGCGUAUUGGAAAAAAUCGAAGAUGGAAGAUGGCCGAAAUUAAGGAACUCAGCUAGCGUAACUACACUUACACAUACAUGGGUUUUCGUAGCAUAAGCGCAGGCGUAGAAGCUGCGCUGAGUGUACACAAAGCUGAAAGCAGAGCAGCAAGCAGCGAAUUAGUGACUGCUAUUUUCGGAAGACUGCAUUCGUUUAGAUGAAGAGAAUAUAAAAUAUUUGUAAUUUAUAAAAUUAAAAAAAAAAAAAAAAAAA